CACGAUCAGCACUGUUUCUGUUUUGCUACACAAGGAAAAAUCCUGCUGAUCUAGCAAAUGAGACACAUUAAAUUACAGUGAAUAAAAUUAUAGGUGUUGUUGACAGUCAAAAAGUACACUAGUUUAGCUUUAGAGACAUGGAUAACGAGGUCUUCUUAACAUUGCUACAAAAAGAGACAAACAUAACUGAGAAGCAGCUCAACAAGAAAGUGGAGCAACAGGAUCUACAGAACCUAGCCAAAUUGUUUGGAGGCUGGGAAAUGUAUGUUAAUACACCAGGGCUUGGCCUAACAGAAGGACAGAUAGCUGAAGUUCGAGACUACGCCUUCAGAAAAGGAAACAUAAUGGCUGUAUCGAAAGCAUUAAGCUAUUGGCUCAACAUUAAUCCUUACCAUACGUAUCGACUACUGAUUGAGACCCUAAUAGAGCUACAGCAGGGAGUUCUCGCUGAUAAAGUCGCCAAGAGUGUGGUUGAUGCUGACAAAAAGAACAAAGGCAAGAUGACCACAGAAACUAAUAAGCCACAUACCGCACCAAGAAGCACAUACGGUUUAGAUCGCAAGCAGCACAUUCUUCACGAAGUCCAACAUCAUGACACAAAUUUCCAAAAUCUUAUAGUAUUGACACUUGCAGUGCUGUCUACGAUCAAAGAGGAGGUGCUUACCAAUUUCAAGCACAGGCUCAUCAGUCUCCCACUGGCCAUCAAACAUGAGCAUGGGAAUUUGCUGGCAUCGAAAUGCUCCAUGUUUAAAGAUGCUACAACAGCUGACGACAUCCUUUUCCACUUGCACUCUCAUCUGUGUUUCCUUGACUUCAGUCUCCUAGAGCACAUCAUUGACCAUUUCGGCAGUGAUGACCUGAAACAACAAAUGUACGCCUACGCACAGGACAUGAGGCAGUUUCGAAUGGAGACAACCAUCAGUGACAUCAUUCCACACCUCCCCCAGAGAACAGACCAAGAGGGCCACUCUAAAUUGGAAUUUGAUUUUGACACCGAGACAACAACUCUUGAAGAAUUUGAUAAGCAUAGAAUGAAAUAUGCAAGUAAUUUCUUGCUCUCCGAAUUGGUUGUCCUAGUGACAAAACAAAAACGAAAAAAAUUGUCAUCGGUAAGAAACAGUGUUCCUUAUUCUUCAACACAUAUCAGCAGCAAAAUAGAUAAAGAAAUUCAGACAGAUACAAGUCAAGUUCAAAAGGGAGAAACAACGCAUUUAGAAACAGACCAACAUUCAGCUCUUACACAGCAAACUGGGGAUCCUCAGCAAAAAUUUGCUAAAAAUCAUCACCUUCAAUCUCAAAACACAGACUUUUGGCAAGUACCUCCUGACGAUGUGAUCACUAGGGACGACGAGGUGCUUGGCAAUGGAGCCUGGGGUCGGAUUGUCAAGGGAGUCUUUCGAGGAACCUCUGUUGCUGUCAAAAGAAUCCAUCCUGGAAUCCUUAACCAAGCAACCGUGGAGAAAAUUCGUCGAGAGAUUCAAAUAAUGGCACAAAUUCGACAUCCUAAUUUAGUCCUAUUCAUGGCGGCUGCUCUGGACGAGCAAACAGGCCCUAUGAUCGUGACAGAGCUCCUCGAUACAUCACUACGUGCAGCCUACGAAGAAAAUAGCAUUGGUCCCAACAAGCGCCGAAUCUUUAAAGACAUCUCGCUAGCUUUGGCCUACCUACACUUACAGAGAGAUCCCAUCAUCCACAGAGAUGUGAGCACCAACAAUAUUCUACUAAUCUUUCAACCAAACAACACAUGGCUAGCCAAGCUAUCCGACUUUGGAUCGGCCAACCUAGCUCAGUACGCAACCACGCUAGGCGAAGGAGCCCUCCUAUACCUCGCCCCGGAAGCCUACCCUCAUCCUCCCACCUCCAACCAGCCACAUCAACCACAGACCACAGCGAUUGAUGUUUAUAGCUUUGGAGUGGUCAUGUGCGAGGUGGUGACCAGUACGUUUCCGGUAUUGGAGAAGUUUCGUGACCUACUGAAAAGUGUGGGCCACACAUGGCCCCCAAUUCACACACUGAUCAACUCCUGCGUCCAUAGCAACCCAGUUGAUAGGCCUACCAUGAGUAAAGUGCUGGAACAAAUCAGACUAUUACAAUGGGAACAAAAGCUGACUAGGCAAAACAAUACAGAGAUGGCUACUUGUGGAGAACUAACACUGGGUAGGCUAAAAGAGUGGACUGGAGUAACAGAUGAGCAGUUAAAUCAGACAAUAAAGAAAAAAAGAUCUAAGAAGAUAGCCAGUCUAUUUGGGAGCUGGGAGAAAUAUACUGGGGUACCAGGACUAAGUCUAACUCCAGGGCAGACUGCUGAUGUUCGAGACUCUGCUUUUAGACAUGGGAAUGAAAUGGCAAUGUCCAGAGCACUAAGUUUCUGGCUGAACAACAAUCCAUACAAGACAUAUCGAUCACUAAUCGAGAUCUUACUGGAGCUAAAGGAAGGACUUCUUGCAGACCAAGUUGCUAACCUUGUGCUCCAAAGUGACAAAGAUAAUUCCAUUGCUACUGCUAAACUUCAAGCUCCUGCAACCAACCAGACCCAAUUCAGUUCCAUGUCUGAGAGCAUUACACACUUUGAAGAGCGGUUUCAAGUGCUCAGAGUAAACACUCUGAAAGAACUAAUUGAGAACAACGUGUCACUUUCUGAGGUCAAGUAUUUGCUGCUUGCUCUACCAUUAGCGAUCAGAAAUGAGCAUGAAGGUUUACUUUUAAAGUACCCCAUGGUCGAAGAAGCAAAAACAAUUGGUGGUAUCUUUGCAAUUUUCAAUUCCUACCUAAGUUUCCUUGAUUUUAGCCUCCUGCAACAUAUUAUCAAGAAUUUUGGCAGUGAUGGCCUAAAAAAAAGAAUGGAAGCAUACGCGCAGAACAUGAAGCAGUUUCGAAUGGAAACUAUUGUUAGCGAUAUUGUUCCUUACCUGCCACAGAAAUCGAGCCAUCCACAAGCCUACUCAAAAUUACAUUUGAGGAUUGACUAUGACAUCAAAACAACAUCUCUAGAGGACUUAGACCAGUACAGAAAACGAUUCGCCAGUGAAUUCUUAUUAUCAGACUUUGCGCUACUUCUAGUGAACCUCAAAGAGGGCUCACUAUGUAUAGAAUGGCUAAUUCCUUCUACUGUUCUUCCAAGUUUAAAACAGUUUGCAAGACAUAUCCAGAUUCUUCUACGCUUACAGAUUCUAAGGCUGUCCGUGAAUUCUGAUUGUCUUUACCAGAGAGAUCAAGAAGUGAGAAAGCUACAAACAGAAGCACGAGACAACAACACACCUGAAAAUGAAUCUAUUGAAGGAAAUAAAAGCCCGCAAGAACUUGAGUUUUGGCAAUUGCCUCCGGAGAAGGUCACUACAACAAAUCAGUUCUUAAGGAAGGCAACUUGGGGCAGCAUAGUCACAGGGACAUUCCACGGGAUGAUUGUUGCAGUUAGACAUGUAUAUCCUCGCUUCAAUAAGACAGUUCGUCAAGAGAUUCGAACUAUGGCUCAUUCAUUUAGCCAUCCCAAUCUUCUCAUAUUCAUGGGUGCCGUUAUAGAUGAGGAAGAAGGACACUUGCUCAUUACAGAGCUCGUUGAGACCACUCUGCGUGCAGCCUAUCAGGCAAAUCGAAUUGGGCCUAACAAACGACAAAUCUUCGAAGACGUAUCACUGGCUCUGGAUUAUCUCCACCAACAGAUACAACCAAUCGUCCACAGAGAUGUGAGCACAUACAAUAUUCUCCUUACUUCUCGUAGCAACAAGUGGCGAGCUAAGCUAGGCCUCGUCAAUCUUACUCGAUAUGCGGUCGAAAUCGAGACAGAAAACCUUCCAUACCUUGCCCCCGAGGUGGUUUCCCAUUCCAUUGCCCUAAAACCACACCUCCCAGAAACAACUAAGAGCGAUGUGUAUAGCUUUGGAGUAGUCAUGUGCGAAUUGGCGACAGAAACAUUUCCUGAGGGAGACUUGCUUCCUGCACUACUGACUAAUGUAGGGCAGGUGUGGUCCCAGAUCAGCCCUCUGAUAAACUCUUGUAUUGAUCCAUCUCCUGAAAUGCGCCCAACGAUGGAGAUGGUAUUUAAACAAAUCAAACAAUUAGACUGGGAACCAUAAACGUGUCUACCCAAUCCUGUACUACAGAACUUUCGACAUUUCUAAAUGAAUCAGGCAAUAAUUAUUAAAAUUAUACAAGUACCACUCUUUAUCAUAAUACAUACAAAGUAGUCAACUCGUGUGACACAUAUUAUUUCAGCAAAAAUUUUUAUUUCCGACCAUUCAUUUCAUACCCAACUUCAAUAUUACUAUUCAAAUUUCAUACAUGAUUGUUAUUGUACAAUGUAUAUGUUCAGUACAUGAGAGUGCAUGACCAGCGCUACAUGUAUAUAAUAAUUAUGAAUGGAUACAAUGUACAAUCAAUGUAUGUUACAUGUACAAAA